AGUUGUUUAUCCAUAGCAACGGUAAAAACAUUUUCCAAAUUUAUUGUGUGUAGAAAUUUUAUGUCAUUUAAAUCAUCUAGUUUUUUUAAUUUAAAGAAUCACAAAAUUGCCAAGUCAGCACUUGAAUAAGAAAUUGGACAGAAAAACGAAUUUGAAGGAGAUGGCGGCGCUCCGGCCCACGGACAUCCUGGACUCCAUCGCCCAGCUGAAGCAGCGCCAGGGGUCGACCCUCGCGGAGAUCACCAAGCUGGUGUGCAGCGGGGACCCGGCGCGCCGGGCGGCCGCUCCCUCGGCCAAGCAGGCGGUGCGCCGCGGCCUGGCGCAGCUGCGCGACUGGGGGCUGGUCUCCUGCAAGGACCGGCGCUACAAGGCCAACACCCUGGCGACCAGCGUGCUGGCCCGGCUGGGGCGGGCCCGCCAGGCCCCGAGGAGCCAUUCCAGUAGGCGCAGGAGGAGUUCCAGUAGACGCAGGAGGAGGUCCAGUAGACGCAGGAGGAGGUCCAGUAGGAGCAGGAGGAGGUCGAGUAGGCGCAGGAGGAGUUCCAGUAGGCGCAGGAGGAGGUCGAGUAGGCGCAGGAGGAGGUCGCACUCCCCUCUCGCCAGGCGCAGGAGGGUCGGCAGCCCGACCGCCAGGCAGGCUUGCAGGAGGGGCGCCAGGACCAGGAAGGCGCCAACAGAGAGCAGCCACGUCCCGCCGGUGAAGAGGGAGCCCGCAGGCGGCGCCACCAAGAAGGGCUGAGCACUUCGCAUCCCCACAACUUUCGGUCCACCAGAAUACUGUUUUCCCGUUAUUGAUCAUUCAUAUUUUAUUUCAUAUUUGUAAGUGGUGCGAGAUUUUGGUUUUUUGUAUGACAUUUAAAAACUUUGUGAAUAAAUAUUUUUACCGUUGGAUUUUAAUCCCUAUCAUAUAUUUUUAAUUAUUGUAACCGUAAAUGUAAACUCUGCAAAAAUAAUUUUCUACCAAAAAAAAAACAAUCAAAAAAUUAAUUUUUCUCAGAAAAAUUGAAAAAUUUGAGGAUAUUGAAUGGUAUGACGUUUUUUGUUAGAAACAACGUUUGAUUGAAUAAUCCUUUAAAACAUACUAUGCAGAAGUGUGUGUAAAUCGAAGCUUAGUUUCACCAAUACACAUAUAAUACUUGUUUCA